AUCUGUCAAGGUAGUUUUUUUUUUUGUGUUCAAUUUUGUGGCAAAUUGGUCCUUUGGAAAUCAUGGGAGAAAACAUAAAAUUAACCUUCGAGCAAAAACAUACCCUACUUAAUUUUAUGGUCGAACAUCCUCUGUUAUCAAGAGGACAGUUAUUGGGGGCAGGAGGAAGAAACAUGCGAUCCAGUUUAUGGGCAGUGCUGGCAGAGCAAUUGAAUUCCUGUGGAGGACCUAACAAAUCAAUCACCAAAUGGCAGAGAGUAAGCCAUAUCAAAGAAACCUUUAGAUACCUUGGUAAGUCCACACUUACAAGUAUGGUAAGCCUCAUAGGUCGUUGAAGAUUAAAGAUAUCAAGGAAGAUGUUAAUCCUACACCUGUUCUUCU